AAGGGGAGGGGUGGUGGGAGGGGGGGCUGGGGAGGGUGAGGGAGACCACGGAUGAGCCCGGCUGCCAGCCCCCUACCAUGCCGAACCAGAAGGGCGUCAAGGGCAGGAAGAACAAGCGCACCAACAGCAGCGGCGACGAGCAGGAGGCGGCGGCCGGGGCGGCUGCCUGCAGCGCGGGAGCCGGAGCCGGGGCGGCGGCGGCGGCGGCGGUGGGGGCCGGCGGAGCGGCGGGCGGCCAGUCGGAGACGGGCAACGAUCACGAAGCGCCCUGCGCCACGCCGCUGGUGUGCGGCCUGGCCGCGCGGGUGGAGCUGGACAAGGAUGACUACCAGCGGGUGGUCUGCAACAACGAGCACUGCCCCUUCGGCAACUGGAUGCACCUGCAGUGCUUCUACGAGUGGGAGAGCAGCAUCCUGGUUCAGUUCAACUGCAUCGGCCGGGCACGUAGCUGGAAUGAGAAGCAGUGCCGCCAGAACAUGUGGAACAAGAAGGGCUACGACCUGGCCUUCCGCUUCUGCUCCUGCCGCUGUGGCCAGGGCCACCUGAGGAAGGAUGUGGACUGGUACCAGUCGCGCCGCAGGCAGGACGACAAGAAGAAGAAGCAGCAGCAGGCGGCGGGGCGGGCCCAAGGCCGGGGACGCCCGCCGCCGAGGACGGCAAGAAGUGCAAGCUCAAACCGGCCCAGCAGGCCCCACGAGGGGCAGCGCCGGCUGUCGGUGGACCGCCAGAACUCCCAGGACAAGGGCCCGCCCAACGGGGGCCACCGCGAGGUCUGCGGCUCGCCGCCCCAGCCCUCCCCGCCCUCGGCCUACCCGUCCUUCGCCGGAGCUGGGACGGGAUCGGGGGCUGCGCCCCGGGCCCCCCGCCACCUGGGCGACUUCCUCAAGACAGCCCUGCAGGCCGAGGCCUGCCGCAAGCUGCUGCCCGGCGGCCCGCGCUGCGCCCAAGCCGAGCUGUGCCCGGCGUCGGCGGGGGGAGGUGGGGGCGGAUCAGGGAGCCGGCUGGAGCCCGCCGUCCAGUUCUUGCGGCGGCUGGACCUCUCCGAGCUGCUGGCCCACGUGCCCAAGCACAAGAUGAACACCUACCACGUGCGGAUGGAGGACGACGCGCAGGCCGGCCAGGGCGAGGAGCUGCGCAAGUUCAUCCUGGCGGCGCUGAGCGCCAGCCAGCGCAACGUGGUCAACUGCGCCCUCUGCCACAAGGUGCUGCCGGUCUUCGAACUCUUCCCGCUGGUCGACGGCACCCUGUUCCUCAGCCCCUCCCGGCACGACGAGAUCGAGUACGACGUCCCCUGUCACCUCCAAGGGAGGCUCAUGCACCUCUACGCCAUUUGCGUGGAUUGCCUAGAAGGGGUGCAUAAGAUAAUUUGCAUCAAAUGCAAGUCACGGUGGGACGGGAGUUGGCACCAGCUGGGAACCAUGUACACUUACGAUAUCCUUGCUGCGUCUCCGUGCUGUCAGGCCAGACUGAACUGCAAGCACUGUGGGAAGCCGGUCAUCGAUGUGCGGGUGGGGAUGCAAUAUUUCUCCGAGUACAGCAAUGUCCAACAAUGUCCGCACUGUGGUAACCUAGACUACCACUUUGUAAAACCCUUUUCCUCCUUCAAAGUGUUGGAAGCUUAUUGACAAAUGCUUUCUCUUUUUUUUAAAAUUGUUUUCUUUCUAGAGUAAUUAUUACGUAGGAGUGUAGUACCUUGUUUCUGCCCCAGUUGCUUGUGUGUAAGUCUUUACCCAGUGUUAGCCAUUUGUUGUGUGGUUGGGCUGGGGUGGAGCUGGGUGUCACGGGAGGGUUAGCUGAAGUGGUCAAGGAGCCUGUUCCAAGUGGAAAAAAAGAUUUGCAUACAAGCAGCUGUUUCGAUCGGUUGGGUUGGUUUGAGACUGCAUCCUCCAUGGGUUGGGUCCCCACCUUGAAAAGAAUCGGAAGGGGUGUUUACUUUUGCUGUUGUUGCUCAUUGGUGCUUGACGGUUGAAUGUAACUAUACUCCGGUCCUAGGGGGCUUCCCCUUCCUCUUGAGUAUUUCCCUGCUCUUAUCAAGGUUUCUUCAAGACCCCGGUUGUGAAGUGUUGCGUUUAAAAGAGGAGGGAGAAUUAUUAGUCAAGUGCAAAGGAGGGCGAUUAAAGAAGCUUGCUGCUUUUAUUAGAAGGGGUAAUAUUUUCCCCAUUUUAAGACUUUUUUUUCCCCCUGGCUUGCGUAGUUUAGUCACUGUACUGCACGUAUUACCACCACGUCAUUAACUCUCCUUCUGCCAUUUUGCCAGGGCUGGUGGGUCCCCUCCUUCCCCCACCCUCAUUCAUUGCACCCUCUCAGCUGGAAGCUGCCGACCUCCUCCUUGCUUGGAGUGUGCAGCCCAGAGAGUGCUCUCUGGUACCAACUCUUAUGGAUUUAGGCAGUAAGGUGGCAGGUUUUGUCUGUCAGGGGCAUGGCACCUGAUCAUCUGUGCACCAUAGGGUGCAUUCAACUGGUUAGUGAUAGGGAGCAGAUGAGGGCAGUUAACAUGCCACACUGCUGAUGGAACUCGUCCAUUGUGAAUGAAGACUUGGAUUUGUAUCGACUUGGUGUUCCUGCUCAAGUUUUCAAAGUACUUUGGAAUGCAGCAUCUCAAGGUCACGGUCAAGUUUAUUGUCCCAUUGGAUCGCAAUGAGACUGGAUGACGUGGCUUCUGUAGGUGAUAGUUGUGGGGUAGAUGUUGAAUAGGUGGUGAAGAGUGUGUCUCUGCUCUACUUUGAAAUAAUUCCAAAUGACGAAACCUUCACCAGCACAGAACUCCAUUAGAACUGAGCGGAAGAGUCGGCCUAGAACUCGUGUACUGUGUGUUUGAUUAGGACUUCAGCUCAUAGAUCUUUGAUUUGUCAGCAGUGGUGCCUCCUCUGCGCUACAGCUGCUUGGUCAAUUAAUGGAAUAUUAUUCUGGUGUGGCGUCUUUGUUAGAGAAACCUUGAGCUUCCUGCUCCCUCUCCCUUUAACUCUCUAUCCCUCACUUUGACCCCACUGUCUUUGGCCUCUUAACCACCAGCUUAUUCUCCAACUUGGUUCAUUGCAGCCUUCAGGAUCAAUGAUGCAGUCAACAGUUUCAGAUAAUCAACCAUUCUAUUUUCUCCUGACUUUAGUUCAAUCAUUGCUUUACUUGCACGGUCUCUGAUCAUACAGCAAGCUCCAGACCAUCUUAGAUCAGGCAUCCAUCCCACGGUCCAGUUGACCCAGUAGUACCCGUCCUACCACUUUGGGUUUGUGGAGCUCAUAGGGUACCAAUGUGAGGUCCAUCCCCGUGGACCUGCUGCCCCGUGCCCUGUGUUAUUACCCAGAUGCCCUACAAAGAAUUACACAGAACAGAAACGAGUCCUUUAUAUAAACUCAUCCAUGCCGACCAAGGUGCCUACCUGAGCUAGUUCCAUUUGCCUGCAUUUGGCCCGUAUCCCUCUUAUACCUUCCCUAACUAUGUACCUGUCCAAAAACGUUAUUGUACUCGCCUCUACCUUUUCCUCUGGCAGCUCGUUCCACAUACCCACCCCCCUCUUUGUCAAAAAAAAACCUCAUCUCAAUGUGCAGUGUCAAAUAUCAUACUACUGACUGCAGUAUCAACCAGUGCAUCUACCAUUGACUUUCUCCCCCCCCCCCCCCCCCAGUAAAACCUAUAAAGGUUGGAUGUACCUGGUGAGAUGUGAGCCCUGAGGUGUAGAUUACCAUCUUGCAAAACUGCAAGCUUUGGCUGGAUCAGCUUGAAAUCUGUCUGCCCCUGUGCUGAUAUUAGCCUAGUACGAAUGCAGAGGAGAUUAACUCAAGCGGCAUCAGGGAGGCUAGGAUUUAGUGCUGGGAAGUCUAAGGGGAGAUUUAAUGGAGGUAUUGAUACUUCUGAAGUGUCUUGAUUAGGGAAAACCUCUUUCUGCAGGGGGAUAGUUAAGAUGAUUAGAUUGGGAGAUGACCCAUAGAAUUUUUGCAGCACAGUUGAAGGCCUUUGAGUCUGUGAUGACAUUUCUUGUAAAGAAAAAAAUCUACCCUCUGCAAUUCGCUGACUCUCUUCCCCUAGCCCUGUAGAUAUGCCUAACUAAUUCCUUUCUGCAAUCCAGGAAUCGUUCUGCUCUGUGCAUGCAGCCAGGGUGUUACCAUUAAAACUCAUUGCAUGAAGAGCAUUUCCUGGUGUCCCUCCACUCAACUUCUUGCCAAUCUCCCUAAAUCUAUGGGCCCUGGUUUGCAACCCUGGGACCGGCUUCUCUUCCUUUAGACUCUUGAUGAUUUCCAACUCUUUAAUUGAAUCUGCUCUCAUCUCUUUCCUCUUUCAAAAGAAAAACCUCCCACCUUUCUCUAACCUCUCCACAUAACUCAAGUCACUCAUCCUUGGAAUUCCCUGUAGUAAAUCUUGUCUACACCGUCUCCGCCUUCACAUUCACGUGACUGCUUUCAAACUCGACUGUGAACUCCCAGAAAGUUGAAAGAACCACAUUUAUAAGAGCAGCAUUCAACGUGUAACAGGAACAAUGAACACAAAAUACUGCAGGACACGCAGGUUGGAGGAGCAACACCUCGUGUUCCAACUUGGUAGUCUCCAACCUGAUGGCACCAACAGUGAUUUCUCCAACUUCUGGUAAUCCCUCCCCUCUGAUUUCCUUUCCUCCCCCCCCCCCCCCUCUGUUUUCCCUCAUUUCUGUGGCCUCUUCACCCUUUCCCCUCCCCCCGCCCUCACAACGUGCCCACUUCCCUCCCUUUAUUCCAUGGUCCACUGCCCUCUCCUAUCAGAUUCCAUCUUCACCCCUUUGCCCCCUCCACCUAUCACCUUCCAGCUUCUCACAUCAUCCCCUUUUACCCCCCCCCCCACCCACCUACCUUCCUCUCUCACCUGGACUCUCCUACCACCGGCCAGCUUGUGCUUCCCCACCACCCCUCCACCUCUUUUAUUCUGGCUUCUGCCCUCUUCCUUUCCAGUCCAGAUGAAGGGUCUCGACCUGAAACGUCGACUGUCCAUUUCCCUCCAUAGAUGCUGCCUGACCCGCUGAGUUCCUCCAGCGUUUUGAUUUCGUUGCAGAUGCUGGAAAUCUGGAGCAGUCUCUCAUGUGUCAACAUGUAGUAGGGACUGUGUUUGAAGAGGGAAUAUUCUGCAGAGCCAUGGGGAGGAAGAAGGGACUAAUUGGAUCGCCCUUCUAAAGAGAAUGCAUAAGGAUAGUGGGCCAAAUGGCCACCACCUGCAUUCUCAGUGACCGGUAGCUCUGUGCAAAUGGAUCCAUGUGGAGGCAUAGAUUUGUGGGCCAAUUAUAUAACUAUAGAACAAUACAGCACAAUAUAGGCCCAUCGGCCCACCAUGUUGUGCCAACCUUCAAACCACACCUAAGACUAUCUAACCCCUUCCUCCCACAUAUCCCUCCCACAUAUCCCUCUAUUUUAAAUUCUUCCAUGUGCUUAUCUAACAAUGUCUUGAACUUGACCAACGUACCUGCCUCCACCACCACCCCAGGCAGCGCAUUCCAUGCACCAACCACUCUCUGGGUGAAAAACCUCCCUCUGACAUCUCCCUUGAACUUCCCACCCAUUACCUUAAAGCCAUGUCCUCUUGUUUUGAGCAUUGGUGCCCUGGGAAAGAGGUGCUGGCUGUCCACUCUAUCUAUUCCUCUUAAUAUUUUGUACACCUCUAUCAUGUCUCCUCUCAUCCUCUUUCUCUCCAAUGAGUAAAGCCCUAGCUCCUUUAGUCACUCCUCAUAAUUCAUACUCUCCAAUCCAGGCAGCAUUCUGGUAAAUCUCCUCUGCACCCUUUCCAACGCCUCCACAUCCUUCCUAUAAUGAGGCGACCAGAACUGGACACAGUACUCUAAGUGUGGUCUAACCAGAGUUUUGUAGAGCGGCAUCAUUACCUCACAGCUCUUAAACUCGAUCCCAUGACUUAUGAAAGCAUCCCAUAAGCUUUCUUAACUACCCUAUCUACCUGUGAAGCAACUUUCAGUGAUCUGUGGAUAUGAACCCCCAGAUCCCUCUGCUCAGCCACACUACCCAGAAUCCUGCCAUUAACCUUGUACUUUGCCUUGGAGUUAGUCCUUCCAAAGUGUACCACCUCACACUUCUCUGAUUGAACUCCAUCUGCCACUUCUCAGCCCAGUUCUGCAUCUUAUCAAUAUCCCUCUGUAAGCUUCGACAGCCCUCCACAACACCACUGUGUCAUCUGCAAACUUGCUAACCCACCCUUCCACGCCCUCAUCCAAGUCGUGAAUAAAUAUCAUAAAAAGUAGAGGUCCCAGAACCGAUCCCUGUGGGACACCACUAGUCACAGCCCUCCAAUCUGCAUGCACUCCCUCCACCAUAACCCUCUGCUUUCUACAGGCAAGCCGAUGCUGAAUCCACACGGCCAAGCCUCCCUGGAUCCCUUGCCCUCUGACCUUCUGAAGAAGCCUACCAUGCGGAACCUUGUCAAAAGCCUUACUAAAAUCCAUGUAGACCACAUCUAUUGCACUACCCUCAUCAAUCUUCCUGGUCAACUCUUCAAAGAACCCUAUCAGGCUUGUGAGGCAAGUUCUUCCCUUCACAAAGCCAUGCCGGCUGUCCCUAAUCAGUCCAUGAUUCUCUAAAUGCUCAUAGAUCCUAUCUCUUAGAAUCCUUUCUAACAGCUUACCCACCACAGACGUAAGGCUCACUGGUCUGUAAUUCCCUGGUCUAUCCCUUCUACCUUUUUGGAAUAAGGGGACAACAUUUACCACCCUCCAAUCCUCCGGUACCAUUCCUGUGGACAGCAAGGACUCAAAGAUCCUAGCCAACGGUUCAGCAAUCUCCUCCCUCGCCUCAGGAAGCAGCCUGGGGAAUAUUCCGUCAGGACCCGGGGACUUAUCUGUCCUAAUAUUUUCUAACAGCUCCAAUUAUGAUUGAGAACAGGGUGUGAUCUUUGGUUUCCCAGCUUCCCAGAAGAGGGAGGGGGACCCUUGGAAGCUCUUGCGCAUCUGCUGACUGUGGUCACAUCUGGGCUUGUUGCUUCGCUCAGUAUUGAUAAAGGAUAAAAGGGUCUCCCUUUGGGGAGUUGGAGUUCACUCUGGAAGAUGAGCUCUUGGGAUUUUCCCCUCCCCCACCCCCCCCAUCCUGCUCCCUGUAAUUUUUCAUCCACUCCUCCCUGUGUAGCCCAACCAAUUGGUGUGAACCUUAAGCUGUUGGUUCUGGACUGAGCCCCUCCUCCUUGCUCUGUUGACUUUCACCAGACUGAUUGCAUUGGGAACCUCUUGCUCCAAGGUUAUUCCCAGGAAUCUGUCCAAACGGCUGCUUGGUCAGCUCAAUGAGGCCUGCGUGCCCUGCUUUGCGCGGGUGCUGUGGAGUGAACAUGGUGCCAGCUAAGGAUGGGGUUGGGCUCAGUGUGGGCACUCGCUCAUAGUUGGCGUCAGUCAAGUCCUACUGCUGGAGUGCCAGUUCUCCGUAGGGGGAAGCCUACAGUACGAGCGGUGAGGGGAUCCUCUUGGUUGGCUUCAGAUUGGAAGCAUCUCCCCUCCAAAUGGAGUCACUUCCCCCAUGUAUUAAUGAAGACAUUUUAUCGAUGGUCUCACGCUGCUUAUUCCAGUCCAGAAUAUACAGAAUAUAAAUUGUCUAUUUGUAAAAUAAAGUAUUAUUUUUGCAUUAGGAAAGGUUUUGUGCGUCUGAGAGAGUGCGUGUUUGAGCUUGUGUGUGCACGGGAAGGGUUGGUACACUGGUGCACGAGCGUGCAUUUGUAACUCUGCUGUUUAAGCCUGAGGAACACAGCGGGCGGGCAGGAGCCUGGUGUAGGCUCUGCUGUUACUGAGAUACUUUGUCAUUCCACUUGUGAGAAGUGAAUGGCAGUCGAGGGUUUGAGGAUAUUGUGUUGUAAAGCUUAUUGUCCAGGUGGUUUAAAAAGCCACAUUUUUGGUUAAGAGCACAUUUUUACUUGCAAUAAAUUAUGGUUAAGAAACCUUUU